AUGACGACUAUAGUGAAGAGCUCGUUCGGUGAUUGUGCGCCUGAUUUUCGCAAGAACUUCGGCGGCUACAUCCUGGAGCACCUGCGCCUUAACCCUAAUUCUAGAUUGAUAAAUGCCACAUCGUAUGACGAGCGUACAUACGGCGAUAUAGCCAAUCAGGCAGAAGCUGUCCAUGGUGCCUUGGAGAGCCUGGGUGUCUGCGCCGGUGACAGACUGUGCCUCAUGGUCGACAAUCGCCUCGAGCUGCUGCCCAUGCUCGUGGGUGCAGCUUGUGCGAAUGUGGGUGUCGUCUGCGAGAACCCGGGCUACCCUGUCGACGUUUUCAUUGAAUGGAUGAAAAACAUUGAGUUCACUGCCAUCUGCUGUGAACUAAGCAAUGUUGACUCAGCGCUUGAACUGAAAGCAAGGCUACCAACUAUAAAGCACAUCAUUGUAUUGGGCGAAGGUAAGAACAUGCCAACUGGCGCAGAAGCCGUCGUGGUUUUGUGGAGCCAGCUGAUCAAGAUGGGCACCAAGGCGCGUCGUCUAUCAGCACUCUCCGUCGAGUACCAAGCGAACCGAAUCUGCUACAUAGCCCCGACAAGCGGCACCACGGGGAAGCCUAAGACGGUCGUGCACUGCCACGAUUCACUUGUUGCCAAUGUGCAGUCUAUCAGCCACCAGCAGCAUAUGGGUCUGACUGCGGAAGACGUGCUUCUGUGCACCAGCCCACUUGGUCAUGGGUACGCUUUGUUCGAUUGCGUGUGCAAAGCCAUCGUCCAGGGAGCCACGUGCGCCUUCCUGGAGAAAGCAGACACAGAUGCACUUCUGGAAGCAAUUCAAAGGAUCAAGGUAUCCGCGCUAAGCACGGUGCCAUAUCUAGCCCACUGCCUUCUAGACCAUCCGCAACGCAGCCGAUACGAUCUCAGCCAUUUACGGUACAUGACAACUACAACAACCUACAUCAGCGAAGAUGUCGCAAGGAGACUUUUCCGCGAGCUACACCUCAAGAGCUACGUUCAAAUCUAUGGAAAAGCCGAGAUUGCCUUCGUAACAGGAGGUCUCCACAAUUCACCGCCCAGGUUCACAUCAAUUGGACGCCUAGGAGUGGGCCUUGAAGCCAUGGUGAUCGACAAUGAAACGAAGAAGCCACUCGGUCCAAUGCAGCAUGGUGAGCUCGUGGUCCGAGGACCCGGUCUUAUGCGAGGCUAUUUGGGAAUGGAAGACGAGCCAUGCACAGAUCCCGAAGGCUGGUACAGAACAGGUGACGAGUGUUACUUCGACCACGAAGGCUGGUUCUACCUCGUACAGCGACUGAGUGAGUUCAUUUACUGUCAGAGCACAAAGAUGGCGCCGGCAGAAUUUGAAGCAGUCCUACUAAAGUGCGCCCACGUGAAGGACUGCGCUGUCGUGGGCCUGCCGCAGCCGCAAGCUGGACAGCUGCCUCACGCCGCGAUCGUGCCAAAGAGCGACAGUAGACACCUUGGCCCAGAGCACUACGUCAAAUUUGUUGCAGAGAACGCGCCGAAAGAACUUCAUCUCGAAGGCGGUGUCACGCUCGUUGACUCGAUACCGCGCAACAAGCUUGGAAAGUUGGUGAGGCGCGAGCUGCUGAAUUGGGUGCUCGAAAUUCGUUGCUAAGGCAAACUUUAGCUAUGCUCCGGAUUAUCACCUGGCACAUGCUAGGGUGCAUACUACAGUGGUUACUGAAAUUACCAUAAGAUUAUAGCACGGUAUUC